AUGAAAGCCUUACUCGCCUUCUGUGCUCUGGCAGGUGCUGCAACCAUCCCUCAUGCCGGGCAUAAGCGUCCUCAUUCAGUGACAAUCACCUUCGCAAACGAGAAGAGCGGCCACAAUUUCGAGGUCCAUGUUCCUGCCGACCAUGAGUUUCAUCGUAUCCAUACCCUCUCACACACAAGACCAGGAGGAGGUGGCCCAAACCUAGUUACUUCGGCACAACUCACUGGUCAGCUGUCUGCAGAAACAACCUGUGUCAUCACCGAUAAUGAUGUUGAAAUUGCAACAAUAGAUUCUCAGCAUACUUUUGCCUGGUUAAUGGAAAGAGGUCGCCAUCAUGGUUCAAUCGAUAUGGAGCAUGCGUUGGUCAAUUGUGUGGCGUGA